AUGGCACCGCCAACAAGCAACACACAGACUGGUGGGACGAAUGACGCCUUCAAGCUCACCAGCGACAAGAGGGCGCGCAUCUUCGUUCCAAGUGGUCUCGAGGCCCCCUUUGCACGCAAGGUCGUGCCAUUCGCCUGCCAAUGCCCGCUUGACGAGCCCGCUCGAGAGUCUUACACACGAACGCAGGUAGACCGACGACUUCUCGGUCCUCUCACCCUCCGUUUCAAGGCCACAAUGAACCUCGAGCCUAUCGGAGACACUGCGUUGCACGAUCACAUCCGACGGGGUCUCUGGCGUCAGAUCCAGCCUCUGCUCAACAAAGUCAAUCCCUCGCUUGUCCUCCCGAGCAUCACCUUUGACAAAGCGACGGGAGGGUCUUCAGCUGGCUGGGAGACCAUCGACCUUGUCUUCGACUCGCCAGCUGCUUUUUUGGCCAUUGCACCCUACUUGGUGUCCAUCCAGCUCGAAGGUGGCGAUCCCCGCAUCUGGAGCCUCUGGACCUGGACCAACUCCCUUUCGGGCGAUGACUUCAUCAUCGACUGCAUCAAACUGCCUGUCUCUGCCAACAACGGCGAAGCCGUCAUGCAAAGCUUUGACACAGUCGUGGCGAGCAUUGGGAAAGUGAUCGGAGUAGGCAAGCUUGUAAUGAGGACGACAGAGUUCAAGUUGGCCGACGAGUCAGAGGGCAUCGCGAGAGUGUACGUCAAGUUGACGCAAGCGAGCAGGACGACGCCCUUGAGUAGCCUGGUCCUGCAUCUCCCCACGCAUUUCAACUGGCAGGGGGUUGACUACAAUCUGUACUACACAGGACGAGAGCUGCAAACGAUUCCAACGUACUCGGCCAAAUUUCCGAUCCACGCCAGCUUCCAGGACAAUCGCAGCUCAACCUCCGCUACUGUCAGUCCAGCAACGAGUGCCCCGAAGACGGAGAUAGACCAGGCAUCUGCUACGAAGAAGAGAAGGCAGAGUUGA